GUUGUUUUACAAAUGGGGGUAUUGGAGGACCGCAAGCUCUUAUAUUGGUUUAUAGAAUUCAACAUGACUGAAAAGACAGCUACUGAAGCCUCCAAUGACUUUUGGCUUGAGUUCAAGAAUGAAAAACAAGUCAUUCAGGAUCAGUUGGAGAAUUCGAGAUCUUUGCCAAAAAGUCAGUUACCAACACAUUUCAACAGCAUUUUACAAAAGAUCAACACACUUGAAAAGAAUGUGACAAAAGCCACCGAAUAUAUACCCUCUUACGAUGAACGACAAUGUUCCUUGCAACUCAAAGAACUCAUGGAGAAAUUGGAAACAACCAAGGCAGAACUAACACCCAAAGCUAAAUUUUCAUUUAAAUCUCGUAAAAACAAGACAGUCGUUGCCCCCGUCACGCCUUCUGUACCGUUGGCUUUACCAAAAGAGGAAUCUGAAAUCUUGAGCGACGCCACAGUAUUACUUCGAGAUAAGGAUAACUGUGUGCUCACUUUGAAAGACAGUGAACGCAAACAGCAAUCUCAAACAAGCGUGGAUAUCCUCUUGUCCAAUCUACAUCACUGUGUUGUGAUUCUAGAGCAAGAUAAUGUUCAGAUCUCCGCUAUUCAUAUCAAGAAUGUUCAUCAUUGUGUCAUUUAUUGUGGUUCCAUUGAGGGAUCCGUUUUGAUGUAUGGUUUGACAGACUCGGUCUUGGUUGUAGGAUGUCACCAGUUUCGUAUGCAUGAUGCCCAUCAUGUAGAUAUUAUGUUGCACGUAACAAGUCGCCCAAUUAUAGAAGAUUCAAACAAUAUCCAAGUGGGCCGCUUUCAAUGCAGUGAUGCUGUGAACUAUUAUGAUCAACUUGAGGAUUUUAAUUGGCUUAAAAAACAAGCCUCUCCAAACUGGACAUUGAUGGACCAAGAUAGAUAUUCUGUUAUCAACAAGCAGUUAUCAGUUUUGAAAAAUGAUAAGACGGAAGAUUUACUUUUAAAAGGAUUAAGCUUAUUGCCUACAGAAUAAACAAUUGUAAUAAUAAAAAUCAAUGGGGAUAGUAUCUUCUUUCUUGCCUAA